AUGAGAGCGCUGUGGUUGCCCGGCUGCCCUGCUCCGGCCCUGUGCCUGCUCCUCCUGGUUCUCCUGGGGCUCCUGGGGGCCUCGGUGCUGUCCAUCUGCCCGGCCGUGUGCCACUGCAGCCGGGGACAUCGGGUGGUGGACUGCUCCUCGCGGGGUCUCACCAAACUGCCCCCCGGUCUACAGCACAACAUACGAUUCCUCAACCUCUCCUUCAACAGUUUACAGUCCUUGGACAGCCAGCUGAGCCACUAUGCCCACCUCCGCACCCUGGACCUGUCCUAUAACCGCCUCCAGACCCUGCCCUCCGCUCUGCCCCGAUCGCUGUGGGACUUCCGGGCCACGGGGAACCACCUGCGCUCCCUGGACAAAAACGACACCGCUUACCACUGGAACCUCAAAACGUUAGACCUAUCCGACAACGAGCUGGAGCGAAUCGUAUUCAUAAACAACACUCUACCUGGGCUACAAGUUUUGAACCUUAGCUACAACCGAUUUUGGACCGUUCCCACCAACAUGCCGCACAAUCUGGAGACGAUAGACCUAUCUCACAACUUCCUCGUUCAAAUUCUGCCCGGAUCGCUGGAUAGACUACCCAAACUGAAUCGCUUUUUCUUGCAUAACAAUAAAUUUUCUUGGCUUCACGAGGGAAUAUUUGACAAGCUGGCCACUUUGGAGAUCAUGACUUUGGGGGACAAUCCUUGGGCGUGCGAAGAGGAAGAAAACAUGACAAAACUCUUAAAAUGGGCAGAGCAAACCCGCGCCACAGUAUUUGGAUGCCCGUGUUACACGAAACCGGUUUGCGGGCGCUCGCAUCUGUCAACUUCGGACGCAGACUGGCAUUCGAAUCUCUUCACCGAGCGGCCGUACUGGGUCAGCGAAAGGACUGUGUUGGCGACGCCGAGCUAUAGGGUGAAGUCGGCCAUGUUCGAAAGCGGGAUUUUUCAGGACAAAGCGAAUGACUCCACGGAGGUUACGGAGUCUUCAAGUUCAGCCACGCAAACAAGCACAACAGCAAGGCCCAACAUGGAGACCAAGAAAAUACGCAAUUCGAGAAAUAGUGGGGAUGGACUUGAGGUUCAAAGUGUUAGCAUUUUAAUGGUACUACUGACAACAAUAUACAGUUUCAAUGGGUGCUAAAAAGAAUCAAAUAGAAUAAUAGAUCAGCCAUAACAUUAUGAUUAAAAGGAUUGUUAAAAAAAAAGAAAAAGUUUAUUGAUCUAAAAACUAGUAUUGAAACUAAAAACUAAUUUGUGCAGGUAUCAAUAGUGAAAGUCAGCUUCACAGGGCAGAUAUGAACCUUUCCUGAAUAGUUUUAGAAUGAUCUUGAGUUCUAUCAGAACAAGUUUAAUAUGCAUAUGGACCAGAAUAGUUAUCAAGUAUCGAGUCUAUUCUUCAGUGUCUCGAAAACUCUACAAGGACCUAACGUACUUCACAUUACAAGUGAAAUUAAAAUCUAUUUGAUGGAUGGUUUCAAUAGAGAAUCAACAAAACCUGACCAACCGGUAGUUGCCAAUUGACCACAAUAACAUAGAACUGAAAAUCUUAACAAUGGUUUUUGGUUUGGGAGGUUAACAAUGAGAAGUUUGUACUGAGGAGGAGGGCUGAACGCUUUUGGAAAAGUAUCUAAAUUGUGUUUCUUCAAGCAUUGUGUUUAGAUUUGUGGAUUAUGUCUUAAAAAUAGGUUUUGUUCAGUGUGCAAAUCUUAAGGCGAAGUUCUAUAAUAACAUUAAUAGGGCAUAACCUGAGUAAUCGUGACUAGUCGACAAUUAAAACAAACUUUAAAUGGACUAUACGGACUCUAAAACACAAACAACAUUUUAUCAAAAUAUUAUCACAAUUUUGCAUCAAUAAUACACUUUAUUCUUUAAUAUUUUAAAUCUAGAAGCCUUCAAGUCAUCAUAUUUUUACCUAAAAUAUGUAUUACUAAGAUGAAUGUAGGCUACUAUAGACUUUAAUAUAAGUAUAUAAGUAUAAAAUAAGUAAGACUAGCCGACUACUAAAACAAUGGCAUCCCUAAACAUAAACAUUUGAGAAAUGACCGCGAUAUGAAUUAUGAUAUUAUAAAAUAACCAAAUAACAAAGCAUUUUAGAACAUGUUUGUAUACAUAUAAAAAAGAAGGAAUAGCAGGAUAUUUUGAGGAUAAUGAUAAUAACUGGUUGGCAAUCUGUUAUUUGCAACCACUAUAGGGUGACCAGAAUUUCAAAAUAAAAAACUUGGUUGGCAAUAAUAAAAUUGUGAAAUGAGUGCGUAAUUAAUAGGGAUGUAACAUUAUCCAAAAUGUUGUGAUAUCGUAUCGUCAAAAGUCUCAC